CUGACUCAGACAGCCGCGGGUGGCCAGAGUCGCUAUCUUGCUGUGUGUGGUUGGAGGUCCCGCCUGUUGUGCUCCCGCCUGUGGAUGUUGUGUGUACAUCUGUGUCUUCGCUCUGGCGGCUCUUGGAAUUGUUGAUCACGUGUUGAUAUUAAGAUGAUGGAGUUAAGGGUUGGCAACAAGUACCGUCUUGGACGGAAGAUAGGAAGUGGAUCCUUCGGUGACAUUUACUUAGGCACGAACAUAUCGACAGGCGAAGAGGUUGCUAUAAAGCUAGAAUGCAUCAAAACAAAACAUCCUCAGUUACACAUAGAGUCAAAAUUUUAUAAGAUGAUGGCUGGCGGAGUAGGCAUCCCAGGAAUCAAGUGGUGCGGGUCGGAAGGUGAUUACAAUGUAAUGGUAAUGGAGUUAUUAGGACCGUCGUUAGAGGACCUCUUCAACUUCUGUUCUAGGAAAUUCUCACUAAAGACAGUUUUGCUUUUGGCAGAUCAGCUUAUAACAAGGAUAGAAUACAUCCAUAGCAAGAAUUUCAUCCACCGAGACAUAAAGCCAGACAACUUUCUCAUGGGCUUGGGCAAGAAGGGGAACCUUGUUUAUAUCAUAGAUUUUGGACUAGCAAAAAAGUACAGAGAUUCACGCACACAUCAACACAUACCAUAUCGGGAAAACAAAAAUUUAACUGGCACAGCUCGGUAUGCCUCAGUCAACACUCACCUUGGAAUUGAGCAGAGCAGAAGGGAUGACUUGGAAAGUCUAGGUUAUGUUUUGAUGUACUUCAACAGAGGCUCUCUACCGUGGCAAGGCCUCAAAGCAGCAACAAAACGACAAAAAUAUGAAAGGAUCAGUGAAAAAAAGAUGCAGACGCCCAUUGAGGAACUCUGCAAAGGAUUUCCUAAUGAAUUUGCAACGUACCUGAAUUUCUGCCGGUCGCUGAGGUUUGAAGAAAAGCCAGACUACAGUUACCUAAGGCAGCUCUUCCGCCAGCUCUUCCAUCGUCAGGGUUUUACAUAUGAUUAUGUCUUUGACUGGAAUAUGCUCAAAUUUGGCGGAUCUCGAAAUCAAGAAAAUGAGGUUGAACGAAGAGAUCGUCAGAGCAGCAGACCUCAAGCUACAGGCGCUACAUCUCGGAUGCGACACGACACAACCGUCGGGGGUGUUUUGCCCUCCCCAACAGCGGGGAAACCACUUGUUAUUUGAGCCUGAAGGAAACAAUAACCAUUCAAUACUCCAGGAAAUCAGUUGAUAGCAUUUAACAACCGUAGGUUAUUGUAGUGCCAAGAUUGUUCCACCUGGACUUCAGAAAAGCCGUCUUUCAGUUCAGAAACCUCUUUCAAGACCAAUUCUUCAUGUAAGCUGCACUGAAUAUUAUGCACUGAUAGAAACUUCACUGCUCCUUGUAAGCACCUUUGUAUUUUAUGGUUUUGAAAUACAACUGAUGUAAUUAUUGAUGGCAGGUCAAACGAUGAAGGUAUUUAUUUGAUAUCUGAUAUCAGUGACUCUUGGACUGCAUACAUUUUUUGUAAAUAUUCGUUGCCUUUUUGUGUUGUAUAUAAAGUCAAAGGAAACAUUUCUGCUGUCUUUUUCACUUAGGUUAGGUUCUCACCAGAUUGUUUCAUCAGAAUUCAAUUGUCUUCAAACUCAUUUAUACGGCAUUCGCUACCUAGUGGUUGCGUUCAUGUAGUUUGUGUGUGUUCUUGUAUUACUUAUUCAGUGCUUGCUGUUGAACUUGUGCAUGACGUGUUGAAGAGAGACGGAUGGAUUGUAGAGUGAUAGGGCAUUUGUAUAUGUACAACAAUUGUUUUUACCAUGAUGUAUGACAGUGGUAUGAAUAAAUACAUUUCAAGUAAU